UUUAGUUCGGGUCGGCGGCGCCAUUCGGUUCUCAUAUUUCAAAGCGGAAACACCGUGUACGCGCACUAAAAAGAAAGGGAAUAAGUGUAACUUUCUAAAUUUUGUGUGUGGAAAGUGUUAAAAGGAAAAUUGCAUUUAGUUUUUCACCGGUUAUAAACUCAAAUAAAUCAGGAUGGGAAUUAAAUUUCUCGAAGUAAUCAAACCCUUUUGCAGUAUAUUACCUGAAAUUGCAAAGCCGGAGCGUAAGAUCCAAUUCAGGGAAAAGGUAUUAUGGACUGCCAUAACGCUAUUCAUUUUUCUUGUUUGCUGUCAAAUUCCCUUGUUUGGCAUUAUGAGCUCCGAUUCCGCCGAUCCCUUCUACUGGAUUCGUGUGAUUCUGGCCUCCAAUCGUGGUACCCUGAUGGAGCUGGGUAUCUCACCCAUUGUGACAUCUGGUCUGAUUAUGCAGCUGUUGGCGGGCGCCAAAAUAAUUGAGGUCGGUGACACGCCAAAGGAUCGUGCUCUUUUCAAUGGAGCUCAGAAAUUGUUCGGCAUGGUCAUCACAAUUGGCCAGGCAAUUGUCUACGUUAUGACUGGCAUGUAUGGAGAUCCAUCGGAAAUUGGUGCCGGUGUUUGCCUGCUGAUCAUCAUUCAGCUGUUUGCAGCCGGUUUAAUUGUGCUUCUGUUGGACGAAUUGCUGCAAAAGGGAUAUGGUUUGGGAUCCGGUAUCUCACUUUUCAUUGCUACAAACAUUUGCGAGACAAUCGUGUGGAAGGCGUUCUCUCCUACCACUGUGACCACAGGACGUGGAACUGAAUUCGAGGGCGCAGUGAUUGCCCUCUUCCACCUGAUGGCAACCCGUAAUGACAAGGUUCGCGCCUUGCGUGAGGCUUUCUAUCGCCAGAAUCUGCCCAAUUUGAUGAACUUGUUGGCCACGGUUCUAGUCUUUGCUGUAGUCAUUUACUUUCAAGGAUUCCGCGUGGAUCUGCCAAUCAAGAGCGCCCGCUAUCGCGGCCAGUACAGCAGCUACCCCAUUAAGUUGUUUUACACCUCCAACAUUCCUAUUAUUUUGCAAUCCGCCUUGGUCUCGAACUUGUAUGUCAUUUCGCAAAUGUUGGCCGUCAAGUUCCAGGGUAAUUUCUUCAUCAACUUGCUGGGAGUGUGGGCUGAUGUAGGCGGCGGUGGCCCAGCUCGGUCCUAUCCAAUUGGUGGCCUGUGCUAUUAUCUUUCACCGCCAGAGAGUGUCGGUCACAUCUUGACCGAUCCCAUUCACGCACUUCUUUACAUUGUCUUUAUGUUGGGCUCCUGUGCGUUCUUCUCCAAGACUUGGAUCGAUGUCUCCGGCAGCUCAGCCAAGGAUGUUGCCAAACAGCUCAAGGAACAGCACAUGGUGAUGCGGGGCCAUCGCGAGAACUCCAUGAUCCAUGAACUUAAUCGUUAUAUUCCUACGGCCGCUGCAUUCGGCGGUCUCUGCAUUGGCGCUCUGUCGGUCAUGGCCGAUUUCCUGGGUGCCAUUGGCUCCGGCACUGGUAUCCUGCUGGCUGUGACUAUCAUAUACCAGUACUUUGAGAUUUUCGUUAAGGAGCAAUCCGAAAUGGGUGGCAUGGGCACACUGCUGUUUUAAGCAGAUAGAGCUAAACACUUCAUCAUAGUUCCCAUUCUCCUACACUUCAUACGCCCAUCAAACACAAUUUAAGCAAAAAAUAAAUUUAUUUUUCGUUCA